AUUUUGAAACUGUUAUGAAGUUACUAAGUUGCUCGGAUAUUGAAUAAGAUAUAACCAAAUAAGACAUCUACUGAAAUGUUUGAUUUUUUUAUCAUUUUAUCACCUUACCUUUAAUGGACUUAGUUUCCCCAGGUGAAAGAAACUGUUAGUAUUACAGUAUAAAACAUUACCGCUCAUUACAUGUCAGAUGACAAGACGAGCUUGUCCGUUCCGUUUACCGUAUGAUUGUUUACAUUGAAGAUUUCAUGUUCUCAUUAUUCAGAUGGCUUGACUUUAAAGGAAUUAAAUACACUUCAAAGUCGAAUAAGUGAGCAGUUGUACAUCCCAGAAUGGUGUCCAGUUUAUCACCAUAUUCCACACUACUGGACUUAAGCUCUGCUUUAGAAUUUCAAGAUGACCAGUCUCCUGGCAGCAGUGAGAGUCUGGCAUUUCCUGGCAACCACAUUCUUAGAAGCCAGAGUCUCCAUGGGAAACAGUUGCCUGGCAACAGUAAUGCCUCUGGUGACUAUGCUAAUCUGGGUCCUGUUGGAAGCUUGGAAGAUUUUCAGAAAUUUACAAAUGGUUACGACUGCACAUCUUCACGGUUUGGAAGCUUAGAAACAAUGGAAAAAAGUUCAAAGAAACAAAAAGACCAAAAAUUUAGCAAAACAGAAAUGCAUGAGACCAAUCCAAAAGACACACAAAGUAAUUUAUUUAAUGAAAUUGAAAAUGCACUGAGAAACAGUAAAAAUAGUUCAAGCUUGGAGCAUGAAGAUAAUGAAUACCAGUAUUUAUACUAUCAUAUAGAGAUGAUACCUAUGGACCAAAGAUUUGGCUUUUCUGUUAGUGGAGGAACAGAUGAAGGUUUCCCACCAAAAAUUGACAAUAUUUCAAAAGGUUCACCAGCUGAGAGGGCAGAAUUACUAGUAGGAGAUGAAAUUAUUGAAGUCAAUGGGAAAUGUCUGGAUGAAGCGUCUCAUGGAGAAGUUAUUGCAUACAUUCAUAAGUGUAUUAGAUCAAGAUCAAUCAAUUUACGAGUGAAAAGGAGGAAAGAAGAACAGGUUACAGUUCCUACAGAUGAUGUCCAGAAUGCUUACAUAGUCGCAGUUGAGGAAGAUGCAAAGCGACGUCUUGAAGAACUACUUUACAACCACAGCCUUACUCCUAUUGAUAUGACCCAACAUGUAGGGGUGGAAAGUGAACAUUCCGAAGACUUACAUAACACAUCUAACUCAACCACUCAUUCUUUAGAGCAGGCAGUGUUACAAUCCUCAAUGCCUUACAUGACUCAAUCUGGUCACAUGACCAACGGACAUGUUGAAAUGUCUGAAAUGAACGGUUAUAAAGAAAAAGAAGGGAAGAAAGGUAAAGGAAAGAAGGGGAAAAGAAGUAGUACCGGUAGCAAUGAAACUCCAUUGAUUGAUAAUUUAUUAACAGAAAGAAAGAAUAAUAGUCAAAAUUCUAUCAAUAUGUUUGGAAUGGAUGAAAGUUACGAUGAUACCCAUAGUUCAAUAGAAUUUGAUACUGGACCACACCGAGAAAUGGCAAUAGAUGUGCCCAAAAACUUUCAAGGUGCAGUGAAAACUCCGCCCAGAUUUCCAUCCUCGCAUUCCUCGCCACGUUCAACUCCAACAAAAGAAAGUAGUGCUAAAAAUGGAAAAUUAAACUCUAAUACGCCACAUUCUGAAGAACAGAUGGAAAGAAUAAGGCGUCAUCAAGAAGAGAUACGCAAAAGAAAUGAGCGCGAGGAACAAAGAGCAAAAGAACAGGAAUUUUUACGUGCUUCUUUAAGACGAUCAGAUAAAAUGAAGGCACUGCAAAAGGAGCGAAAACAAGCAGGAAUAGACAAUACAGCAUUUAUUGAUAAUGAUGACGAUUCUGGUGGAUUUGAGGAAGGUUAUGUUAGUGGAAGACAUACGCAAAAUAGUCGUGAUUAUAUGAAAAAAAAUCUAAGUUAUGAUGAUGUUUUAGCAAGUCUGCAACAUAUGAAAGGCAAGGUCAACUCAAAAGAAGGCAAGGAAAAACUGAAAUUUUUAACAGACUUCUUUGAUCAAAGACAAUUUCAAAAUGCAGUUAGUGUUCAUCAUAAAGUGCUAGAUGUUAAGACAAGGAAUCCACCUGUGCAAUGUACGUGUUCAAAUUCUCAGGAGUGCAGGGAGGACAGUGUGGAAGUGUUGUGUUCAUUGCAGAGUCCAUACUCAGAACAACUGCUCAGCAUUCUGUGUAAACCUCACAUGAAGAAUUUGAUGUUAGCACAUGAUUCUGUAGCGAGACAAGAAGUGAAGUCAGCCAACGAUCAAGAACCUCCUGAUGAUUUCAAUAUUCCCAGUAUCCCAGACGGUGGUGUCAGCGUGAAACUUGUCCAUCUAGAGAAAACUACUGAACCACUGGGUGCUACUGUACGAAAUGAUGGUGAGUCUGUGAUAAUAAGCCGUAUUGUGAAAGGUGGAACAGCAGAAAAGAGCGGGUUGCUGCAUGAAGGUGACGAGAUACUGGAUAUUAAUGGUAUCGACAUGAAAGGCAAAGAUAUCAAUGACGUCUCGGAAAUGCUGGCCAAUAUGUCAGGAAGAAUAACGUUUACAAUCUACCCAAGUAAUGAGUACAAUCCUACAUCAGCUACAGCAGGAAGCAUUAUGCAUGUGAAAGCAUUAUUCAACUAUGACCCUGAAGAUGACCUAUACAUACCAUGCCGGGAGUUGGGUUUGUCAUUCAUGAAGGGUGAUAUUCUGCAUGUUAUCACCCAAGAGGACCCUAGCUGGUGGCAGGCGUACCGUGAGGGAGAGGAAGAUUACCAGUCAUUGGCCGGUCUCAUACCGAGCAGAUCAUUCCAUGAACAAAGGGAGUCAAUGAGACAAACUAUUGGUACAGAAAACAAAGAGAAUCAGAAGAAAGGGAGGUCAUGCUCCUGUGGGAGAACUAACAAGAAAAAGAAGAAAAGAAAUAUGUAUAAAGAAGAGCAUGAAGAAAUAUUAUCCUAUGAAGAAGUUGCUCAGUAUUACCCAGAGCCUAACCGUCGCCGUCCUACAGUCCUGAUAGGUCCUCCAAAUGUAGGUCGUCAUGAACUACGCCAGAGACUCAUGGAGUCGGACUAUGACAGAUUUGCUGCUGCUGUACCACAUACUAGUCGUCCACGUAAAACUACGGGUCCAGAAAAUGAGCACGAGAUUGAUGGCAAGGAUUAUCACUUUGUUUCUCGUGCAGAGUUCGAGACCGCCAUUGCCGGAAACAAGUUUAUAGAGAGUGGCGAGUAUGAAAAGAACAUUUAUGGUACAAGUGUGGAAGCUGUACGACAAGUAAUCAAUAGUGGGAAAAUAUGUGUGCUCAAUACAGACCCUGAGGCAUUAUACAUGUUACACCAGACAGAUCUAAAGCCAUAUGUUAUAUUUGUGUAUCCACCAAACAUUGAAAAACUGCGACAGAUACAAAUGAGACUUGGUGUAGAAAAUAUCAAGGAUGAUGAUUUGCGGGAAAUUAUUGAGCGUGCACGUGAAAUGGAGGAUAAGUUUGGACAUUUCUUCGAUUAUGUUCUUGUCAAUACAGAUAUGGAUAAAGCAUUUGAUGAACUUCUAAAUGAAAUUAAUAGAAUAGAGGUAGAGCCACAGUGGGUGCCCAUCACAUGGACUCGUUGAUCAAUUAGAUAAAGGUCUAUGGUGAUACUGACUCAAAGUGAUUGACAGGUUGAUUUUAUUAACUAGGACAAGUUUGCGGUGUACUUGUUUGGUUACAGUCAAAGAGGAGAAGUUAUAUAAGUGGAUAAAAAGCAAUAAUAGUUGUAUCAGUCUUGCCACUGGAUCAUACACACUAUGGCUGACAAGUGAAAUAAUACCAUAUCAUAUACAGUGCAUAAAAUGUUCGGGAUUUACAUGUAUUCAGUGACGUACCUACACCAGCAUAAUCAGAAUGUAUGUUAAGAACUUCAUCAGUGUGUGGCAAUAAUGUAUAUCAAUUUCAUAUUAAAUAUAAAAAAACUCUCAAGAAAAUAAGAAGUGUAUAUGUGUAUUUCUUUUGUACAAUUGAAGUAAAAAAAAAAAAAAAGGAGUUAAGUUAUUAGGGGAAAAAAUGUUUGAAAUUCACCAGAAUAAAGCAUUGUAUUAUGGAACUUAACAGUAGUGAAAUAGUGCCUUGAUGCUGUUACUUUGCUGUACUUUUUACAUAUUUGAAACUUGGAAGCAGUAACAAGGUUUACCUUCAUGCCAAGUUUCAAAGGAAAACUUUUUGUUGUUGAAUUACAGUACUAGGAAAUUUUCUUGGUAUAAAAGGAGAGAUUUAGUUGUGCAGUCAAGAACUAAAUAAAAGUGAGUGAAUGAUUAUAUAUUAAACAAAUGUAUUUGUAUAUUUUUCAUGAGAAUUAGUUGGUGCAAUCUUAUAUCUAUUUUGUUACUACAAAAUUGUUUAUCUGCCAUUCUUUAUUUACUUUUGCUGAAGCAAAAUCCGCUGUGCUUAGAUCAAGAGUCUUUGUUUUUUGGGGUGAGGGUGGGGGCAGGGGGACAGGAAAAAGCACAAAAAUACACAAUGUGUUUAACCUUACAUAUAAAGUUUGAGAUAAAAAGACAGGUAACUAAUUUCAUUAUACCUUAAUUUGGUUUGGUAAAUGCUUUCAUUUAUGUUCUUUAUAUCUAAGUCAUGUAUUUUGAACGUGUUUGUGAACAUUAUAAACAAGGCAGUGAUGUUGCCUGAAUGUAGACAGAACAUUUAGCCUCCUCUUGUGAAGCCGAGGGUAGCUGUUGGUUAAUGCUUAUAGUUUGUUUCAUUAGCUCAAAAUUUUCAAUUUGCAACAUUAAAAUGGUGCUGUCUACAGCAGACUUCUAAAUUCAUGACUUUGAUGCAGAGAACAUAGUCCAGAAAGGGGUCCAGGGUUGUAGGAUUCAGUUUUGCAGGCGGCAACUAUAUAAUUUUUAGUGUUUCCACCAUACAUACAGCAUUUAUGAGGAGUUGUAAAUAUUUCAGCAAUACAAUGUCGUUUUUGUCCU